GACCCAGCGGCUUGCUUGCUCUUCUCACCCCGGUCUCGACCAGGCCAGCCCUCCCGCCCCCACAAACAGGUUUCUCAGCUUUGCUGGGCCUUGUUGGAACUAGCCUUUUUGGCACCCCUGGUUUAUUGGGGUUGGCGGUGUGAAGGGGCGCUCACCCCCGACACUGGAUCGUUGUUUCUUCCUUCACCCCCAAAGGGCCAGAGAAGGGGGAAGAUGAGUGAAUCCAGUUCAAAGUCCAGCCAGCCUCUGGCCUCCAAGCAGGAGAAAGACGGGGCUGAGAAGAGAGGGCGGGGCCGACCCCGGAAACAGCCUCCGAAGGAACCCAGUGAAGCACCAACUCCCAAGAGACCUCGGGGCAGACCAAAGGGGAGCAAGAACAAGGGGUCUGCCAAAAGCCGGAAAACCACCACUGCACCAGGGAGGAAACCAAGAGGUAGACCCAAAAAGCUGGAGAAAGAAGAGGAAGAGGGGAUAUCCCAAGAGUCUUCAGAGGAGGAGCAGUAACUGAGUCUGCUUGUAUCUUCCUACCUCAUCCCCCUCGAUGAAGAUGAUGACAACGAUGAUGGCAGCAGCCCUUUCAUUCUGGGACUAGACAGAAAAAUGUUGAUCUUUAAAUCCCCAUUUUUCUUCCCCCCCUCCCCCCUCACCUCUCUUCCUCCAUUUGCCCUUCCUGGUCAGGGAAAUAACGGCUCGACCCUGGAAACUACAACAACCCUGUGCUGGAGAGGGGAGAGGGAGGACUGGCAGUUGGGCACUUUCCCGACUCCCUAUCCUCUCCCCCAUCCAUCCAUCCAUCCAUCCAUCCAUCCAUCCAUCCAUCCUUAGACACAGCCACCCUCCCCUUCCCAGGCCAGGGAUUUCUUUUGUAUGCCUCCUUCCCCGACAGGGCUAACCUUCUGACUUAGCUGCCAACACCUGUUUCUUUGGUCUGUGCCCCCUGGAAUGGGACCCAGGUUUCUGUUUUCCUGCCUCCCUCCUUGUCCUCCCCAAAGGAUUUGAGACAGGACAGAGAUGGACAAGCUUCUUGAUCUUAAAGAGCUUGCCUUAUCUCUUGACUUCUGUCUGGGGUGAUCCUGUGCCCUUCCUCCCCUUUUUUCUGCCUUCCACCUAGCCAAGAUUGGUCUCAGGGUUGACAGCAGACUGAAGGGGAAGCUGAUCCCUUCCCUUUCCCCCCUCAUGCCCUCCCCACACUUUCCUUAGCAUCAACUGGAAUGGGGCUGGUCUGGAUACAGGGAGUCGGCUCUAGGAGAAGUAGCCCAGGGAAGGGAGGAAGAGGGCCCGAUUCACCUAUUAUUUCCUUGCAGCUCUAGAGAUCUAGGGAGAAGGGGGACUUGACAAUCCUAUUAAUUUCCCCCAAUCCUGGGCUGGCCUGCCUUGGCCUAUAAUUUUAAUUUUUUUUUUUUGCCUUUGGAAUAUGUGCUUUGCAAGGAUUUUGUUUUCAUCCUGGCCCUCCUACCCUAUCCCUCAUUUCAGAAUGCCAACCCCUCCCCCUAGGAACUGGUUACAUCUUCCCUCUGUUCACAAUCUACCUCUGAGCACAUUUUGUUGGUUUUGUUUUUACAUUCUGUGGUUUCCAGACACCCCUCCAUGCAGGUUCUUUGGUUCCCACAUUCACCUGCCCAUAACUCCCCCUCUUCCCCAUCUACCCUGCUCAUGCUCCCCAGAUCUUUGCAAGGAAGGCUUGGUGGGGUGAGGAGAGAGGGGGAUACCAUGCCUAGUUUACUAAAAAGUGACAUUGUUAUGGAGGUGGGCCUCGGGAACUGCCCACCCCCACUUCUAUCAGUCCUUCCUUGGCUAAUCUUCAAGUUGGGAGGAAGGGAAGGAGGUCUAGCUGAAGUGGGGGGAAGGGAUGGUCCUAGUCUGUUAUGAGCCCCCCCCCCCACUCUGGUUUCCUAUUUGCAGUUACUUGAAUAAAAAUAAAUUCCUUUUUUUCUUGGA